AUGUCCGAAUUGAAGGAGUAUACUUUUGAUGAAAUCGCCUUACAUAACACUCGUGAUGACUUAUGGAUUGUCUAUAACGGAAAGGUUUACGAUGUGUCACCAUACAUAGAUGAACAUCCAGGUGGUGAGGAGGUCAUCCUUGAUGUUGCGGGUAUCGACGCUACAGAAGCUUUCAACGACAUCGGCCACUCUGAUGAUGCACAUGACAUCUUGAAAGGUUUACUUAUCGGUACAGCCGAGGGUGCAGUGGUCCAAGAAAUUGCUCCUCAAAAACACGGUGAAACUACAUCCACCGUUUCUUUACCCUUGGUGGCUGUAUUGGUUUUCUUAAUUGCUUUUGGAGCUUACUAUUAUCUUCAGAAUAAAUAG